GUCCAACCUUUAAGUUUACUUAAUAUCGCUCAUACUCUAAAUAAAUAUUAAAAUUAUAAAUACAUAUAUUUCACCGUUUAUAAUUGAAAAUGAACGACAGUCAGAAUCACGACGAACUUGUUUCUACAGUAUUUGAUAUUAUUCGAACUAUAAAGGACCCUGAAAAACCGGAAACGCUUGAGGAGUUGGAGGUAGUAAGGGAAGAAGAUGUUCAAGUUGCUCUUUCAGAAGAUGGUACAUUUCUAUUAAAUAUAUUAUUUACUCCAACAGUUCCACAUUGUAGUUUAGCAACAUUAAUUGGCCUAUGCAUGAGAGUAAAGAUAGAAAAGAAUUUGCCGCAUAAGCAUAAAUUGGAUAUACUAAUUAAAGAAGGAACUCACGAAACGGAAAGAGAAAUUAACAAGCAACUAAAUGAUAAAGAAAGAGUGGCAGCAGCAAUGGAAAAUCCUAACUUAGAGGAUCUCGUUAAUCAGUGUAUCAGCGAGGAUGACUACUAA